AUGGCCGCGUCCAGAUUGUCUUCCCGCGAUCCAACCUCAAUAUUUUUUGAUCCAAUGAAUGCCUAUAAUCCUGUCUAUUCAGCUACUAGGAUAAAGCAGGCAUCUUCAUUCCUUGAUGCGGCAAACAGUGCUGCAGAGCCUCAUAUGGCAAAAGGUCCACGGCAACCUCAUUUCUGCCUAGGAAUUGCCACGAUUGCGAGAAAGGGAGCCUACUAUUUUGAAAACACCGUGGGCACAAUCCUCGAAGGUCUGAGCAAGGAAGAAAGAGCAGACAUUCACUUGAUCCUCUUUAUUGCACACACAGAUCCAUCGCAGCACCCUGCGUUUGCAGAGCCGUGGCUAGAUAACUUAGCAGACCAAGUUUUGCUAUACAAUGCUUCCGAAAUUGAUAUCGAUCAUAUACGGUCCUUAGAAACAAAUGAGGCUAAGAUAGCAGGGCGCGAGAAGGCUCUCUUUGACUAUACAUAUCUGUUGAAGGAGUGUGCAGCUAUCAACGCGCCAUAUAUCAUCAUGCUUGAAGAUGAUAUUGUCGCUUUAGAUGGCUGGUACCACCGCACUCGAGCCGCCUUGUCUUCUGCCGAGGAACAAACUAAAAAAAUGGGAGCCGCAAAUUGGCUUUACCUGCGUCUUUUUUACACCGAAGAAUUACUCGGCUGGAACGCCGAAGAAUGGCCUGCCUAUCUUUUUUACUCCGUUGCCGUCGUCUGCUUCGUCGUCUGCGUCCUCCUAGGGAUUCGAAGAUUCAAGCCAUCUACCCGCAUUUUUUUGAACAAUAUGACAAUAAUACUUCUGAGCGGGGUAUUCACACCAUUGUUGAUUGGGCUUUUCUUUGCCGCAGGCCGAGUUACGAUGCUUCCUUUAUCAAACGGCGUACAUCAAAUGCCCAAAUUUGGAUGUUGUUCACAGGCCUUUGUCUUUCCCCAGUCCCGAAUAACGGAACUUGUGGACCUAUACACAUCCAAGCGUAUCGGCUAUGUCGAUAUGCUCACCGAGGAAUAUGCAAAUGCGAGAAAUGAAAUUCGCUGGGCAGUGACGCCAAGCGUGAUACAACAUGUUGGGCGGAAGAGCUCUAAAGGUGCUGACAACGAUGCUCCGUCAGUCGCUAAGGUCAAGUCUAAAAAUGAGUUGACAAUUGCAGAGAGGCUUUGGAAUUUUCGGUUUGAGAUGAACGAUGCAGAAGCUCUGCGAGCGGAACACGACGCUGCGAAGGACCGAGCAGGCUCUUAG